AUGGGGGACUUGAGACCUAUAGCCCUUUGCAAUGUUAUCUAUAAGCUUUGCUCAAAGGCUUGGUGUGUAGCUUCAAAUCCUGGCUCCAUGAUUGCACAAUUGUAUAAGGCUCGUUAUUUUCCGGAUGGCAAUUUUUGGAAUGUUUCUGAAUAUGCUACUCCUUCCUAUUCUUGGCGUAGCAUCUUUGCUACUAAGGAUCUCCUUCAUGCAGGUUCCUUAUGGCAAAUUGGAGAUGGAGCUAGUCUAUCUGUCUGGAAUGAUUCAUGGAUUCCUUCUCACAAGCUGCAACCCAUGAUUGGUGCAAGUACUGAUCUGGAAAUUGUUAGUGAUCUUAUUAAACUCCCAAUGCUUGAAAUGAACAUCAAGUGCGUAGUUGUUUUGUGA